AUGCAACCCAAACAAACUUUGAAAACUCCUGGUAGCCAUUGGAUUUCGACCACUCGACAAUUGUACCGUAUCGAACAUCCAUUUUUGACUCCUCAAGCACUAUUAGAUCCUCAAUACUCAUCAAAGUUUCGAGUACUCGAAAAAAGAAACAUACCGGAAGCAAAUAUUGAGUGUUCAAGUCGAAGUAUGCGUAAAAUAUAUUGGCGUCAAUUUUUGCUUCUAUCAUUAAUUCUAACAAUUUUACCAUCGUUUUUUCUUAUUUUUACUGCCAUAUGUCACACUACACAAGAAAAUACUAUUUCACACAUUUAUGAUCAAGAAAAAGUUUUUUUUGACUCACCACAGACUUCUUCUAUUCAAUUAUUCACAGUUCCACCACGUUAUCUAGUCGUACCUUAUCAAGAAUUUGUUAUACGUACAUCUAUUACUUGUCGAACAUUUAAACUCGAUAAUCCAGCAAAACAUUCAACUAAAUUUCAUCCAAAAUAUUCAAAAUAUUUACGUGGUCCAUUUCCUUAUGUUUUACCAUAUACAAAUAUAACAUAUAAUGAUAUAGAAAAUUUCUAUACAAAUAUUUUAGUCAACAAAAAAAGAGAUACUCCAAUAAUUCAAACAUCAUUUGCAAAUAAUAUUACAUUUGAAAAUAUACCUUAUAUAUUUCAACAAGGUAUGUGGCAUCCUCUUGGAAUUACAUCAAUUCAACGUACAGCUAUAUUAGUUCCAUUACAAAAUCGAGAAUAUAAUGCUAAAACAUUUUUGUUUAAUAUGCAUGCAUUUGCUAGACGACAACAACUUACAUAUACUAUAAUACUUAUCGAACAGGCUUCUCCACUUGGUCAUCGUUUUAAUAAAGGUCGAUUAUAUAAUACUGCUAUUAAUUAUCUUGAAAAACAAUCUUUAAAUAUAACAUGUCUUGUAUUACAUGAUGUUGAUUUAAUACCUGAAGAUGAUGGAAAUUUUUAUACAUGUGAAACAAAAUAUCCAAAACAUACAACCUCACGUGUUCGAGAACUUAAUAAUAAACGAGGUUAUAUUCGAUAUUAUGAAUUUUUAAUUGGUGGUGUUCUUUUAUUAACAUUUGAUAUGUAUAAAACACUUAAUGGAUUUUCAAAUUUAUAUUGGGGUUGGGGUGGAGAAGAUGAUGAUUUAGCAUUAAGACUUAUUCAACAACGAAUGUGUAUUGUUAGACCAAUAUAUGAAUUAGCUAUUUAUACUGGAUUACCUCAUCCACGUGGUCCACGAAAUAAUGCUCGUUUUGGUUUAUUAACAUGGUCAACUCUUCGUCUUCAUACUGAUGGUUAUGCACAAAUUGAAUCAUUAACACGCAUUAUUGAUAUACAUCAAACAUUAACUGUAACUUAUUUGAAAUUAGAUGUUAAUCCUGAUAAAACUCUUAAUAAACAAUCUUCAAUGGGAAAUAUUUCUUCUUUAUUAAAUACAAUCAAUGUUAAUAUGACUUCAACAAUUAAAACUAUUAUAAGAACUAAAACAAUAAAAGAAUCGUAA